AUGGUUGGUAAAUAAUAGUAAACUGAUGAUUCGAGCAUGCAACUUGCUAAUAAGUUUAUAGGGUAGAAAGAGUAGUUAUAGCUUUUUAAGAUUAUUUAGAAAUAAAAGCUCUCCUUAAAUGGAAUGGCAAGAAAGAAUAGUAUCAAAUCUUUGAUUAAGAAGGCUAAAAGCAAUAAAUUUGUUAUUAAACCUAGAUAAAAAACUGAUUAGCAUAUGAUUUAUCUAGACUGA